ACAAGUUUUUGAAACUCAAAAAUCAAAAACAGAAAGAAGCAGAGAGAGACGAAGGAGACGAUGACAAGCAAAGACGAGUUUUCUCGAGAUCGAGUUGCGAUUCGCUGCGUCAGAGCUACGAUGCUCCUCUAUUCACUCGCAUCGUCUCCCAAAAUCGAUACCGCCGGCGAGCAGGAGGAGGAAGGAGAGACGCGCAGAGAAGAGAUAGAGGAGCUGAAGAGAAAGCUUACCAUUGAGAAGAAGAAGACGAAUCGGAUUAAGCUUUGCGGUUUGAUGGAGCUGCUUCUUCACGUCCUCCUGGUACUCUUGCUUUCCACUUUCUUCCUCGUCUUCUUCUUCCUCAGAUCUACUUGAUCUCCUCCUUUAUCGAUUAGAAUCAUCAGCUUUUUUUUUGCUAUUUCCAGUUCCAACACAAUCAAUUUCUUAUGUAAAUCUCGGUUGCUUAUCAUCUGUAAUUGCUAAAAACAAUUUUUAACCAAAUCAGCUACGUUUGUGUUGGAAUGUUCAAGGAUUUCAAGAGCCAUCAA